AUGAAUAGAAGUGGUGGUAUGGCUCUUUUGUGGACCAAUGAUGUCAAGAUCACAGAAGUACAAGGAACAGCUUUUACUAUAGAAGCAAAAGUGGAAGACGAGGAAAAAAAGGAAAGCUGGUGGUUUAUUGGUAUCUAUGCAAGCUGUGAUUGCCGGAUAAGGAAAGGACAAUGGGAGGGUGGCAGAAUGAGAGAUAACAGAACCUUCCAAGACUUUAAGAGGUUUAUAAAUGAAAAUCAGCUGAUGGAUAUUGGCUUUGAAGCCAAAUGCACACAUAUUGAGUCACAUGCAUCAGACCACAGCAUGCUGGUACUAGAUACAGAGAAGGAAAGGAAGAAAUGGAAAAAAAGAUUCCAGUUCGACAAAAGAUGGCUCCAGCAUGAUGGAAUUCAGGAGGUGGUGAAGGAGGCAUGGAACACACCUUGUGAGGGGACAAGAUGGUUCAAGGUGAAACAGAAAAUCAGGAACUGUAGGGUUGAACUACUAAAGUGGAGCAGUAGUAAGAAAGGGAAUUCGAUGGAAAGAAUCAAAUGGUGCAAAAAUCAGAUUGAGGAUAUGAAGGAAUCAAAUGCAGAAAACAAGAAGCAAAAAAUACAGGAGAUGAAAGGACUGUUGAAUAUGGCAUACGAGGAUGAAGAAACUUACUGGAACCAGAAAGCAAGAGUGCGAUGGUUAAAAGAAGGGGACAAAAACACUCAGUUCUUCCACGCAACUGUGAAGGGGAGAAGGAGAAGGAAUAGGCUUUAG